AGAUUUGACUAUUUGAUCAGGCCAUCACUCAAACCUUUGUGUACAAACUAUGCAAAACCCAGAAACAUCUACAUGACCGUCUAUGUAUAUAUAUACCCCAAUCCCCAGCUCUGCAAAAUAAAUCUCUCAUCUUUCUUUCUUUCAUCCAUUCUUUCUUUGUUCAUAUGUGGGUUAUCUUUUAGAUCCAUCUAUCAUGAGCAAUAUACCAAGAUCUCUUACAGAUUCCUCUCUGACCCUCUCCAAUCUAGCCAUCUCUGCAUCUGAUCCUUGGCCUUUCUCUUUUGUUUGCUCAUAACCUUCCCACAAAAGCCAAUUCAGUAACCAGAGCUUGUUCAGUAAAAAAAUCAGGUUUUUUUUCGCUGGGUUUUAAUGGGGAUUGGUGUAGACAGAAACCACCUGAAUUUCCACAUCCAUAUGCCGCACCUCCAUUUUCAGCACCAGCAUCUGCAUGAGAAGAAGGAAAUGAAAGACAUCCCAAAGGGGUGUUUGGCAAUCUUGGUGGGUCAAGGUGAGGAGCAAGAAAGGUUCGUUAUACCUGUGAUCUACAUCAACCAUCCACUCUUCAUGCAGCUGUUGAAGGAAGCUGAGGAAGAGUUUGGGUUUGAUCAGAAGGGUCCCAUCACAAUCCCUUGCCAUGUGGAGGAGUUCCGCACCGUCCAGGGCAUGAUUGAUGGAGAUAAAUGGCAGCACCACCACCACCACCACCACCACCAACACCAUCACCACCAUCAUGUUUGGUGUUUUAGGGUUUGAUCAUUGAUGCAUCAUGAUAUGAUGUUGCGGUCAUGUUUUCUGAUCUGUUUCUUUCUCUCUCUCUUAAUUAUUUCUGCAGUUUUUCUAGAAUACGUACCUAUAUAUGG